UUCUUGCACCAGUUCUGGAACUGCAUUAGAGGAUGAAAUUUCUAUGGAGAUUUUGACCUGUUGGGAGCUCAGGGGAACCCAUGACAGAGAUCCCAUCUACAGCACAGAGUACUGUCCUGAGGAUGUUUGCAUGUGACAGGCAUGAAGACACGACCUGCAGGGAUUGGCAACGUUAAUGCUGACUGGAUGGGUUCACUCCCUUCCAAGCUUAGUGCCAUGCCCCUCAAAUACCUCGCUGUGCCAGGAUCCCAUGAUUCUUUUACAUUCUGGGUGGAUGCGGAAGCACCUGUGGGUCCUGAUCAGAAGACCUACGUCAAGUAUUUGGCCACAGUCUUUCGAGAUUUUGCCAAAAAAGUCAUGGUGAAGUGGUCCAUGACCCAGAAUUUGUCCUUUAAAGAGCAGCUGGAUGCAGGAAUUCGUUACUUUGACCUGAGGGUGUCCUCCAAACCGGGUGAUCCUGGAUACGAGAUCUACUUUAUCCAUGGACUGUUUGGCCACAAGGUGAGGGAUGGCUUGUUACAAAUCAGCUCUUUUCUCAGCAGACACAGGAAAGAGGUAGUGUUUCUGGACUUCAACCACUACUAUGCUAUGGAGGCAGAACACCAUGCGUACCUCAUCAGCAUGCUCCAGGAAGUGUUUGGCAGUAAACUGUGCAACAACUGUGCUGUAGAGAUCAUCACUCUAGACUACCUCUGGAAGAAGAAAUAUCAGGUGAUAGUGUUCUACCAUCAUCCUUCAGCUCAGGAUGUCCCUGUUAUGUGGCCUGGCUACAAGAUUCCUGCUCCAUGGGCGAACACCACCAAACCCAACAAACUCAUACAGUUCCUAGAAACCACUUUGAAGGACAGAGUCAAGCAGGGUGCCUUCCACGUGUCCCAGGCCAUCCUCACACCCAGAGUCAACACUGUGGCUAAAGGCCUGGUCUGGGGGCUUCGAGACUACCUUGUGGAGAGAAACCUGCCAACCAUCAUGUCUUGGGUUGAGGCCCAGAGGCCGGGAGUGGGCGGAGUCAACAUCAUCACCUCUGACUUUGUGGAGCUCACUGACUUUGCCAACAUUGUCAUCAAACUUAACCAUCUGCUGCUGUCGGAACAUAGCCGGAAGCCACGAUGACUGUUUGUAUAUUUAUUUUGCACAACAGAACAAAUCUGACUCAGACCAUGUUGGAGGAGAAAUUAUUUAUUUUAAUCACUGCAGUACCAUGCUGCCACAGUAUUGGAAGCUCUGGUUAAAGUGGUCUUUAUGGCAUUUAUAGUUAAUAUUACAGCACACAUUUGUGAUGGUGUCAGGAUGUUUAUAUUUUAAGAUAUGAGACAGGGCUUUGAACCAACAUUCCACUUAAAUCCAUCUGGGAAGGAAUCACAUCUUUCAAGAAAGCCUUUUCAGCAUCAGCAUGCCUGUGGUAUUCUGAAACAGCUUUUACCGCACCGAUGUUAUGUGAAUAGUGCACAUUUUAUAAGGAUUUAUUUUGCAGCUUACGUUAGAUUUCUGGAUUCUUUUUGUGAAAGUUGUUAUGGCAGAAACACUGGAACAUAUUGUUAUUACUGUGAAUGAAAGGUCACAUCCCAACACGAUCGUAUGACAUGGACUACAUGCAUUUGUGGUACAACAUGUGAAGCAAGUAACAAUAGCUUAUCUAAAGUUAGAACAAUCACAGCUGAGGCUUGUUUUGCAAAGUCUAUUCAUAACUUACAGGUCAGUGAGGAGCUUCACUUUUCAACAUUUGGCAAUUAACAAAUACAAAAAAGGGGAAUAUAUUGAAAUGCAUUUAAACAAUACUUUCAC